AUCUCUUUACACAAAAUGUCCAACGCCGUCAAGUAUGGAAACUAUGAUAUGCACUUUGUGAAAGGAGUCGACGAGAUGUUAAACGAUGGUACAUUAGUUGUUAGUGCCGAAAACAGAAGCACUUCCAAGUACCCGGAAUUCUUGCCAACCUGGAAUCCUAACGAUAAGCUCCCCCCAUUGAAGUUUUUCAAACAUGAAGACCCCGGGUGCCGUGCCGACCCAAAGUUUCCCAACUUGCUCCCCAAAGACAGGGAAUUUAUCAAUCAAAAAAUCACCCCAAAAAUGGGAUCAGAGAUUCGUGGCAUCCAAUUGUCUCAGUUGGACGAUAAGGGCAAAGACGAGUUGGCGCUUUUUGUUGCACAACGCGGUGUCGUGGUGUUUCGGGACCAGGAUUUCGCCGACAAAGGCCCUCAAUUCGCAGUGGACUUCGGCAGGCACUUUGGGCCUUUGCACAUCCACCCCACCGGAGGUGUCCCACGAGGGUUCCCAGACUUACAUGUGACAUACAGAAGGGCCACUCCUGGCGACUUUGAGAGGGUGUUUAGCUCCCAAACCCAUGCGGUACUUUGGCACUCAGACAUUAGUUAUGAGUUGCAGCCAUCAGGAACCACUUUUUUUUCGGUAUUGGAUGGGCCAGACUCGGGAGGUGAUACUAUUUUCGCCGAUGUGGUUGAAGCCUACAAGCGGUUGUCGCCCGAGUUCCAAAAGCGGUUGGACGGGCUCCAUGUAUUGCAUACCUCCGAAGACCAGGCCACAAACUCUAGAACUCAGGGAGGAGUUGAGCGUAGAAAACCAGUUUCUAAUAUCCAUCCCUUGAUUAGAGUUCACCCCGCCACUAAGGAGAAGUACAUCUACAUUAACCGGCCAUUUUCCCGUAGAAUCGUUGAGUUGAAGGAGCAAGAAUCGGCUUUUUUGUUGGAGUUUUUGUACAAGCAUAUCGAGCAAUCCCAUGACUUGCAGUUGCGGGCUCGGUGGGAACCCAAGACAGUGGUGGUAUGGGAUAACAGAAACACGCAACACUCUGCCAUUAUCGACUGGGACACUCCUGUUUCUCGUCAUGCCUUUAGAAUUGCUCCUCAGGCCGAAAGACCAGUUGAGGACUUGGCUGACUUGAACAAGGAAGACUAUGCGGUUGGAGACGUGGGUGAGGCAUUAGAGAGGGCUUUGAACCCAUAGAUGCUUAUGUGGCACCUUAACAUGGACUUUCUUCCAAUACAAUUCAACUCCCUUGUACCACUAUUUAGAUAAUUUAUUGAAUGUCACCAAGUAGCUAGAGCCGAUUAAAAUUGUAGCUGCGAAAACUGGCCUUCCAAACCGGGUGAAUCGCAAAGGUGGCCCACCACCUAAAUUCCAAUACUGCUGGAAAAUGUAGACUGUUGGGUUCUCUUUGAUUAGUUAGUGUUUCACCGAACUAAAAAUACAUCAUUUUUUGCCC